ACAAACGAGCUGCUGGGUAAACAACAGUGGAUGCCUCGGAAGGCAGGAAUGGGAACUUCAUACAGGGCAAACAGUGAACCUUUUCCGUCCUGUUAAACGGGAACAGGCUCUCUAGUUCUUCAACCUUCCGACGGUUGACGGGAUGGAAAAGCGACCCAACAUGGCGGAAAAUAAUCGCGUAUUUUAGAAGUAAAGUGGAGCUAGCUUUAGCUUAGCUACGGAGGGCCCGCUGCAUUCGGUUUGGUCUCGCGGCUCAGCUCGGGACUGUGUCAGUUUCACAAUCCGAGCUACAACCUACCUCCGGUCGCGAGCUCAUCGUAGGCCUGCCCGGUUGUAGCUCGGGUGAUCAUCCAGAUAACUGUUCAUUUUACACACCCGGCUCUUAUUUUUCCUCAGGAUUUCAGCUCUUAUGUCUCAAAAAGGACAGUGACAUAUUUUAAAAUAAGGACUUAGACCCAGGUUGUGUGAAAUGUUGCGGUCAGAAGCGUAAGCAUACAUGUGAGUGUGCCUGGACGAAGAGCUGCCACCAUGAAGAGUGAGGUCCCAUCUGAGGCCUCUAGCAGACAGGAGCAUCUGAAGGAGCCACUGGUGAACCAGGAGUCCAUGGAAGCAGCUAAGAACUUCCCCAACAACAUGGAUGUUGCCAGUGAUUUUGCCAGAAAGGCUGCCAGUGAUUUUGAAGCCCUUUGUGAAUCCAGGCACCGGCCCCUGAGGGACACGGGGACCCACAGGGACUCAGAGAGGACCCUGCCGGGGCGGAGGAAAAGAAAGGGGACACAGGCUGGUCCGUCAGACUGCUCGUUAAAAGAGGACCACAUUAGUGAGAACUCCCUGGCACCUCAGCGGGCCAGAGUGGAACUUUUACAGCAUCCCAGUGAGGAUGAACACAACAACGAGUCCUCUUUUAGUGACUGUGCCUCCUCCCCGUCAUCCAGCCUCCGAUUUGGAGACUCGGAAACCCUGAGUUCCGAUGACGAGGCGGGGGAACCCGGCGCGACAGGGGGCCAACACAAGGCUCCUGCCCUACCGACCGGAGGUGGUGCUGCAGUUAGUCUACGCCCUAAUCUAGGCCGAACUCGGAGCAAUCGCUCCCAUAAAUGGGUCCGACCUGAGCCCGAGCCGGUGCUGCUGAAGCGGCCGUGCCUGAGCGGACGGCGGCCGCCGCACCGGAAGCGCUUUGGGAAAACGGGUCCUGGGGGAGGUCCGCGGACUCAGAAGCAAAAGGAGAGGCUGCUGCUGCAGAGGAAGAAACGGGAAGUGAUUGCACGUAGGAAAUACGCUCUGCUCCAUAGCACUAGCAGUUCCAGUGAAGACCUCAGUAGUGACUCUUCUUCUGCUUCUUCGACGGAAGCCGAGGAUGAGCUGUAUGUGGAUGUCAGCAGCAGCAGCAGCCAGCCUAACAGUGCUGCUGUAGCUUCAGGUGGUCUGGAUGAGGAUGUGGUGGUGAUUGAAGCCUCUCCAGCUCCAGCAGCUGCUGUUCCUGCGAGCGAGGAGAUCAACGUCACCUCAACCGACAGCGAGGUGGAGAUUGUCACGGUUGGAGAUGGAUACAGGUCCCGCUCGGUCGGAGGUCUAAGUAGGAUAUGGGGCAGUAGCUGUGCCCAGAGUCGCCUCCCAGAACCGCGUGGACGUCACCGGCUCUCAACAGUCAUCCAGCCAUUGCGGCAGAACCCUGGGGAGGUUGUGGAUCUCACCGUUGAUGAGGACGAUCUCUCUGUGGUGCCAACAACCUCUGGCAGCAUUCACACUCAGACAGUGAGGUCGUCAUCUUCUUCAUCAUCCUCCCAUCUCGCCUCUACCUCCGAGCUCAAUGAUGCCCCGGGCCCUUCUACCAGCUGCGCGGGUUCCGUACCUGGAAGUCUACAUGCACAGAGAGCAAGUGGCUCUGCUCGCACUGAGGAUGAUAACAGACCAAGUUUGCCUGGUGCAGGAGGCGAAGGCUCAGGAGCAGCCAUGCCCAGGUUGCCAUCCUGCUGUCAGCAGCACUCUCCAUGCAGCGGCCCCUCUCCUGGACACACGUCCCUCAGCCACUCCCAUUCUAGCUGCUUGCAAGCGUCGUCCUCUCAGCAGACCGCCGGCUCCCAGCACAGCAAUACUCACCACUUUGUCCACCAUAUCCAUCACCCUGCACCGCAGCCACCAGGAACCCUACCCUUUCAAGAGCCGAGCUGUCCUGUGGAACGGCCCAGUGCUCUGCCUGCUCCCUGUGCUGGAGUCAACAACAGCAACGGCAGCAGCAGUAAUGCAGCCCACUAUCAUGACCAGCAAACCCUGCCAGUGGACCUGAGCAACAGCAGCAUUCGAGCCAGCGGAACUGGAAGCGCUAGUUUCCAUGGCAGCACGUCAGCUUUUGACCCGUGCAGCCCCGGCUCCUCUUCGCGGCCCCCUGCUUAUGGUUCACAUGCCAACCCUGGGCCCAGUCAGCCAGCUGUGGUGGACUCAUUCAGCUCCUCCAUGGUGGCUCAGCCACAGACACAACCUCAGCCCUGCAGACAUUACAUUCACCCUACCUAUGGAUCUCUAACCCGGUCGCUGCAUCAUCAAGCCUCCCCCGCCUGCCCUCACUCUCAUGGAAACCCCCAACUCACACCUCAGCCUCCUCCGCAAGGCGAGUUUCUCAUUCCCCACUCCUUCCAUACACCGUUGCCAUCUCACCCUCCAGGUCACUCCGUUCCCCCCGCGCCUCCCCCUCCCCUUUCGGCCCACCACCUCCCUACUUCAAGCGUCCCCCUGGCUCAGCACCUUCCUCCGGAUCACCAGACCCUGCAGCACCACAUGCCACCUCUGGGUCCUUCGGUGCAAAGGAUCCAUCAUCACGACGUGCUGCAGAGGAUGGAGGUCCAGAGGAGGAGGAUGAUGCAGCAUCCUACGCGGGCGCAUGAGCGUCCACCUCCACAUCCCCACAGGAUGCACCCCAACUACGGCCAUGGACACCACAUCCACGUGCCACAGACUAUGUCUUCCCAUCCCCGCCAGCCCGAGCAAAGAACAACAUGGGAGCUUGGCAUCGAGGCUGGUGUUCCCGUGGCUUCAUACGCAUCAGGGCACCUGCAUUCUCAUCUCCCCCACUACCACCCUCCCCCGAGACUGCACCACUUCCCCAUCUCCUUAAUGCACACUACUGGCAUUUCUGAAGUGACCUACCCGCACAUUAGGUACAUCUCAUCUAGAAUGACUGGCUUUGGAAGAACCUACGAGGACCUGCUGCAUUUAGAGGAACGACUUGGGACUGUGAAUCGAGGAGCCUCUCAGGGAACCAUAGAGAGGUGCACCUACCCACACAAGUACAAGAAGAAGGUGUUGGAGAGAGACAUUGACCAACAGUUAACCCCUGAAGCUUGGGCAUCUAUUGGGAAAAAUAUGCACGCAACCCCAGAAUCGAGAAAGCUGCACGGCAAGCAAGACGAAGAUGAAGGGGCAGAUGAAGACACCGAGGAGAAGUGUACCAUCUGCCUGUCAAUACUGGAGGAGGGGGAGGAUGUCAGGCGCCUGCCAUGCAUGCACCUCUUCCAUCAGCUGUGUGUGGAUCAGUGGCUCCUCACCAAUAAGAAGUGCCCCAUCUGCAGAGUGGACAUUGAGGCCCAGCUUUCUGCCGAGAGUUGAUGCUGUUUUCCCCCUACAACAACUUUUGUUUGUUUGGAAUUUAUUUUCAGAUCAUAUUAACUUUCUCUUCAGUACUGCAGUCAACCAAAGAUGGCAUGAAUUACCUGCGCAGCUCAACUACGAGCAAAAAAAGAAAAAAAGAAUAGACAA